AUGGGGUCAUUAACUAUUGAACGUAGUGGUGUGGAAGCUGCAGCUGUCCGUGUACGUGGUGUGGAAGCUGCAGCUGUCCGUGUACGUGGUGUGGAAGCUGCAGCUGUCCGUGUACGUGGUGUGGAAGCUGCAGCUGUCCGUGGGUCUGAGCCUGCGACUGUCGGAGGAGGAGGCUAUGGCUCUUCCGGCGGAGGUGGAGGCUCUGGUGGAGGUGGAGGCUCUGGUGGAGGUGGAAGCUACGGGGGAGGUGGUGGAGGCUCAAGAGGAGGUGGAGGCUCUGGUGGAGGUGGAGGAGGAUACAGUGGUGGCAGUGGAGGUCGUGGAGGAGGUGGUGGAGGAGGAUACAGUGCUGGCAGUGGAGGUGGUGGUUAUGGUGGUGGUGGUAGAGGAGGUGGU